AUGGCCUCGAUUUUCAAUGUUUUUCUGCGAAAAUCUGCAAAUUUGGGCCAAAGUAAAGCCUUGUUAAAGAAUUUGCCAGUUGUAAAUCAUGUGAACUCUCAGCGUAAUGCCCAUCGCUGGAUGCCCGAUACAGAAUUUGUUAAGCAAUUCGAGGGAGCUGUUUUGUUUCCAGAUGAAUAUGGAAUGAUUAUAAAACAUUUACCAUAUAACAGUGUGAUCGCUCCAACUGAAAAGCAAGUGCGCAAUAUGGUCUUGAACUUUGGGCCUCAGCAUCCAGCCGCUCACGGUGUACUUCGUCUUGUCCUUGAAUUGGAUGGUGAGACGGUGCGUGCAGCUGAUCCCCACAUAGGUCUUCUUCACCGUGGUACUGAAAAACUAAUUGAGUAUAAAACAUACACCCAAGCUUUGCCAUACUUUGACAGGCUUGAUUAUGUGUCGAUGAUGUGCAAUGAACAAUGCUACAGCUUGGCUGUAGAGAAGCUCCUUAACAUUGACAUACCAAUACGAGCCAAGUACAUAAGAACUCUCUACGCUGAGCUGACUCGCAUCCGGAACCACAUUAUGGCUGUGGCAACCCACGCGCUGGACGUGGGCGCACUGACGCCGCUCUUUUGGCUGUUCGAGGAGCGAGAGAAGUUGAUGGAGCUAUAUGAACGGGUCAGCGGUGCCCGAAUGCAUGCCGCCUAUAUACGCCCUGGUGGAGUUGCUCUUGACAUGCCACUUGGUCUAAUGGACGAUAUCUACGAAUUCGCAUCGAAGUUCUCGGAGCGCCUGGAUGAGGUUGAAGAUGUGCUCACCACCAACAGGAUCUGGGUGCAGAGGACCAAAGACAUUGGGGUGGUCACCGCUCAGGACGCUCUUAACUAUGGUUUCAGUGGAGUAAUGCUGCGUGGCUCUGGCAUCAAAUGGGAUCUUCGCAAGACUCAACCCUACGAUGCUUAUGAAUUUGUUGACUUUGAUGUACCCAUUGGAACUCAUGGUGAUUGCUAUGAUAGAUACCUUUGUCGCUUGGAGGAAAUGCGGCAGUCUUUACGCAUCAUUGAUCAGUGUCUGAACAAAAUGCCGCCCGGCGAGGUCAAAACUGAUGAUGCUAAGCUAACGCCUCCAUCCCGAGAGGAAAUGAAGACAUCAAUGGAGGCCUUGAUUCACCACUUCAAGUUAUUCACGCAAGGCUACCAGGUUCCUCCAGGAACCACCUACACGGCAGUUGAGGCGCCAAAGGGAGAGUUUGGAGUAUACUUAGUUUCUGAUGGCGGAUCUAAACCAUACCGAUGCAAGAUUAAGGCCCCGGGCUUCGCUCAUCUGGCCGCGUUGGAGAAGAUAGGCAAGAACUCAAUGUUGGCAGACAUUGUCGCCAUUAUCGGAACCCUCGACGUCGUGUUCGGAGAAAUUGACCGA